AUGAAGCAGAUAAUAGCGCUAAGCUAUAUUCUGCUUUGCUGCUUAUCACUAUGCAAUGCUCAGACGUCUCAGUCAUGUUCUGAGUGUGUUCAGCAAAGCAAGGUAUGGUGUCCAGUGACGAAAACUUGCGAAGACUCCAGCACCACGUGCAGCACAAGUAUUAAAUUAGUGCUGAAUUGUCCACGAUCACCGGAUCCAGCCUUCGCUUACAAUGAGACAUUCACGCGCUACUACAUCACACCAUUAGUGGCUGCUGUCCAUGCAAAUAGUCCGGCCACAUGUUUGAAGUCACAAGUCCCUCACGCUUCAUUUUACAAAUCUGUUCGCACUCAGUGCGCCGCAAAUCAGACAGAUGUGCACUGCUUCGCUUAUACAGCAUGGGAUCCAGUAGAACAAGCAGUAAUAAUUAGUUUCGAAGGAACCUCCAGUGCUCUCCAGCUAGGCGACGAAUUUGACAGCUUCUUCAAGCAUAAAGUGGCGUUCUUUGACAACGGAUAUCUUUUCAAGUACUUCAGCGAUGCAUUUAUGUUUCUGUGGAAUGCCGGACUUGAGCAGCAAGUCCGCACGUUGAAGUAUCAGUACCCGGACUGCAAAAUCUAUAUCACCGGCCACUCCUUGGGAGCUUCAAUCGCAAGUAUCGCAGCUUCAUAUAUUGUCAAAUGGAAUAUGUGGACAGCGGAGAACGUUCGACUGGUCACAUUUGGACAGCCCAGGACAGGCGACUAUGACUUUGCAACCUGGCACGAUGCCACGUUCCGAUAUGCCUACCGCAUAGUGCAUCACAACGAUCCAGUGCCUCAUAUUCCUCCACGUUGGGGCCCCGACAGAGUGUUUCACCAUCGCUUUGAAGUUUGGUACGAUAACAAUAUGGCCGUGGGACAACCAUACACCAUCUGUCAAGAAGCUGAUGGUGAUUACUGUAGCAAUACAGUAAAAGAUGAGGCUGUCUUGGAACAUCUACAGUAUUUCGAUAAGAUACUUCAUACAUGGGGUGCUGCAGGCUGCCCAUGA